AUGAGGUUUUCUCCUUCAUUUUCUUGCAGUUCUAUCGGAGCCCUAAUAUUGGGUUGCCUUCUGCUUCAAGCAUCAACCUCUGUUGCUCAGUUGACGCCUGACUUCUACUUCAGGACAUGCCCGUUUGUUUUCGAUAUCAUUGGGAAUGUCAUCGUCGAUGAAUUGAGGACUGAUCCUCGUAUCGCAGCUAGCCUCCUUCGCCUUCACUUCCAUGACUGUUUUGUUCGUGGUUGUGAUGCAUCGAUCCUGCUCGACAAUUCCACAUCAUUCAGGACCGAGAAAGAUGCUGCUCCAAACAAAAAUUCGGCUCGAGGGUUCGAGGUAAUAGAUAGAAUGAAAGUAGCUGUUGAGAGAGCUUGUCCAGGAAGAGUGUCUUGUGCAGAUAUUCUCACCAUCGCUUCUCAAAUAUCAGUGCUUUUGUCGGGAGGUCCAUGGUGGCCAGUGCCAUUGGGGAGGAGAGACAGCGUAGAGGCAUUCUUCGAUCUGGCUAAUACAGCUCUUCCUUCUCCAUUCUUCACUCUUGCUCAACUUAAACAAAGUUUUGCUGACGUUGGCCUGAGCCGCCCCUCAGAUCUAGUCGCUCUUUCAGGUGGUCACACAUUUGGAAGAGCACAAUGUCAAUUUGUAACACCUCGUCUAUACAACUUCAACGGUACCAAUAGACCAGACCCGAGUAUAAACCCAACUUACCUAGUCGAGCUACGUCGAUUGUGCCCUCAAAACGGAAACGGCACCGUUCUUGUCAACUUUGAUUCCGUGACUCCUGAUGCUUUCGACAAUCAAUACUACACCAAUCUUCGUAAUGGUAAAGGACUCAUUCAGACCGAUCAAGAACUCUUCUCCACUCUACGAGCCGACACUAUUCCACUAGUUGAACAAUACAGCAACAAUAGGUCCGUGUUCUUUGGAGCAUUCGUUGACGCGAUGAUUCGGAUGGGAAAUCUUAGACCUUUGACUGGAACUCAAGGAGAGAUAAGACUCAACUGUAGGGUUGUGAACUCGAGGAUUAGGAAUGUGGAGAAGGAGGAGGAUGGAGUUGUGAGUUCGAUUUGA